CCAGCUCCAAGCUAUAAAUUGCGAAAAGAGCAAGCUCGGUGCAGCUAACGAUAACUGAACCGAACCGCGAGCAUCGAUGCUGCCUCUGCUCUUCAUUUCUCUCUCUCUCUUUCUUCUUAUUGCUUUGCUCUUCAAGUUCCUCACUGCUGAUGGGGACUUCACGCUGAUGUCCAGGAGGCAUGUAAAGCGCGAAGAGAUCGAAGAUAAGGUGGUUUGGAUCACUGGAGCUAGCCGUGGAAUAGGUGAAAUUCUUGCUAAACAAUUGGCAAGUUUGGGCGCCAAGCUCAUUCUUUCUGCUCGGAAUGAAGCUGAAUUGGAGCGAGUUAAGAAGCAACUUACAGGCAAACAUGCACCCGAUGAAGUGAAGAUUUUACCUUUGGAUCUGGCGUCUGGUGAAGAUUCUCUUGGAAAGGCUGUGGAAAAAGCAGAGUCCUUUUUCUCUGGGGCCGGUGUUGAUUAUAUGAUCCAUAAUGCAGCCUAUGAGCGCCCUAAAUCAGCAGCUCUGGAUGUCACUGAAGAAAGUCUCCAGGCUACAUUCAACAUUAACGUUCUGGGGACAAUAUCUCUUACGCGGCUGCUGGCGACUUCCAUGGUGAAUCGAGGGAGGGGCCAUUUUGUUGUGAUGAGCAGUGCUGCAGGCAAGGUGCCCACCCCAGGACAGGCCGUAUACUCUGCUUCUAAAUUCGCUCUAAAUGGCUAUUUUCAGUCCUUGCGUUCUGAGCUCUAUCAGAGAGGGAUUAGGGUGACCAUUGUUUGUCCUGGGCCAAUAGAAACAUCAAAUGGCUAUGGAGUGACAACCUCCACGAAGAAGGGUUCUGAGAAACGUGUGUCAUCAGAAAGGUGUGCAGAGUUGACAAUAAUUGCAGCAACUCAUGGAUUAAAAGAAGCUUGGAUAUCACACCAGCCUGUACUAGCUGUUCUGUAUCUAGUACAAUACAUGCCCACCAUUGGCUACUGGCUCAUGGAUAAGAUUGGGGGAAAGCGAGUUGAAGUGGCUGCACAGAAAGGCAAUACAUACUCAUGGGGCUUAUUGUUUGGAAAGAAGAAGGCCUAAAUUUCUUUGGAUGAAGUUGGGUUCAUGCAGUAGCGGUUGUCAACAAAUGCAAGCCAUUCCAUAGCGCAUGUUUUGUGGUCACGAAAAACUCCUCGACUCAACUGUUCACAUGUCAUCUUCAAUAGCUUUUCAAUUUGAUAGGCGUGUUGUUUAAUCAAUUAAUUUUUUUAAAUUUUCAUGAAAAAUAUUACCUGAUGAUAAUCUGCUGUAUUUUACAUAAGUACAUAUGCUAUAAGCAUGUAGUAAAUAAAAUGAAUAAAUAUGUCAAUUAAUCCCAGAA